CGGGCGCAUGCGCACAACCGGCGAGCAUGGCGGUGGCGCUGGGCCCCAGGGCUGCGCGGCGGCUGCUGCUCCUCGUCUCGGCGCUGAAACCCGGGCUCCACGUCCCCCGGGCCUGGCCCGCGGCCUCGUUCGGCUCCUCCGUGACCUCUGCCAAAGUGGCUGUGAAUGGCGUCCACCUGCACUACCUGCGGACGGGAGAGGGCGAGCACGCCGUCCUGCUGCUUCCGGGGAUGCUGGGAAGCGGAGAGACUGAUUUUGGACCUCAGCUGAAGAACCUAAACAAGCAGCUUUUCACAGUGGUCGCCUGGGACCCCCGAGGAUACGGGCACUCCAGACCCCCAGACCGAGACUUCCCCGUGGAAUUUUUUGAAAGGGAUGCAAAAGACGCUGUCGACUUGAUGAAGACAUUGCAGUUUAAGAAGGUGUCCUUGCUGGGGUGGAGCGACGGCGGGAUAACGGCGCUCAUUGCUGCUGCGAAAUAUCCAUCUUACAUCAACAAGGUGGUGGUCUGGGGUGCCAACGCCUACGUGACCGACGAGGACAAGGCCAUUUACGAGGGUAUCCGAGAUGUUUCUAAGUGGAGUGAGAGAACAAGGAAGCCUCUGGAAGCCCUGUAUGGGAUCGACUACUUUGCUAGAACCUGUGAAAAGUGGGUGGACGGCAUAAACCAGUUCAAGCGUCUUCCAGGUGGUAACAUCUGUCGGCACCUGCUGCCCCUGGUCCAGUGCCCCACCCUGGUCGUGCACGGGGAGAGGGAUCCUCUGGUCCCGCGUUCGCACGCUGACUUCAUACACCAGCACGUGAGAGGGUCCCGGCUGCAUCUGAUGCCGGAGGGCAAGCACAACCUGCACUUGCGUUUUGCAGAUGAAUUCAACAAGUUAGCAGAAAACUUCCUACAAUGACGGUGUCGCUGAGAACAGGUGGCCUGGCGCUGCCUCCGAAACCCACCCCCGGGACAGUCCUCAGUCCACCUGCCUUCCCAGGCUGCCUCCUGCUGCCCACAAACCACUCCUAAUCAAGCUCGAAUAAGGACAUACUAAAAAUAGCCUCUAGCUUUCAUAGCUACAAAAAUUAAGUCUGAUUUUAAACGCCGUUGUGAAUUUCUACCAUUGUCUUAACAAAUAAAUUCCUACCAUGAUAUACUUUACUUUCAAA